AUGCCAUACGCACCAUCAGGUUUUUUCUGUGACCGGCUAAUCCGGGAAAGAGAGAGAAAGGAUGGAGAAGGAUCUGUGAGCAAACCUCUUCGAUUCAGUGAUCAGGACUUCAAGACCCUAAAACAGAAUUGUCUUCAGAAAAAGGUGCUAUUUGAAGAUGAUACCUUUCCAGCCACUGUGGAGUCCCUGGGUUACAAGGAACUGGGCCACAAGGCCAGCAAGGUUAAGAACAUUGUCUGGAAAAGACCUAAGGAUAUUUGUGAAAAUCCAGAGUUCAUCAUUGGAGGUGCUAGCAGAACAGACAUCUGUCAGGGAGACUUGGGAGACUGCUGGCUACUGGCUGCCAUCGCUUGUCUUACUCUAAAUGAAAAGCUACUUUAUCGAGUUGUUCCUCAAGAGCAGAGUUUCUCUGACAAUUAUGCAGGGAUCUUUCAUUUUCAGUUUUGGCGUUACGGUGACUGGGUGGAUGUUGUGGUUGAUGAUCGGAUCCCUACCAUCAAUAACCAACUGGUGUUCACCAAGUCUGCCGAGAGGAAUGAGUUCUGGAGCGCUCUCCUUGAGAAAGCAUAUGCUAAACUUCAUGGUUCUUAUGAGGCUUUGAAAGGUGGAAACACUGCUGAGGGGAUGGAAGACUUCACUGGAGGAGUAACUGAGUUCUAUGAAAUGAAGGAGGCACCUAAAGACCUUUACAAGAUCAUGAAGAAGGCCUUGCAGCGAGGCUCCCUCAUGGGCUGCUCUAUUGAUACCUUAGUCCCCGCCCGCCUGGAGACUCGCACUACAACUGGGCUAGUGAAAGGUCAUGCCUACUCUGUAACUGCUGUGGAUGAGUGUAAACACAGCACACAAAAAGAAUCUAAAGUACGUCUGGUACGUCUUCGUAAUCCUUGGGGACAAGUGGAGUGGAAUGGACCUUGGAGUGAUAAUUCAAAGGAAUGGACUACCAUCUCUAGGGAAGAGAAAGACAAACUGCAUCUACAGAAUGCUGAAGAUGGAGAGUUCUGGAUGUCCUUUGGUGAUUUCAUGAAGAACUACACCAAGCUUGAAAUCUGUAAUCUGACCCCUGAUGCUCUGGAUGAUGAUAAGCUCCACAAGUGGACAGUGUCUGUGAACGAGGGCCGGUGGGUAAAAGGCUGCUCUGCUGGAGGCUGCAGAAAUUAUGCAGACACCUUUUGGACAAACCCACAGUAUCGUCUUCGCCUUCUUGAGGAGGAUGACGACCUGGACAACAAUGAGGUGGCCUGCUCCUUUGUGGUGGCUCUUAUGCAGAAAAACAGAAGAAAAGAACGCAAACUGGGUGGAAAUUUAUUCACCAUUGGAUUUUCCAUCUUUGAGGUGCCAAAGGAGAUGCAUGGUAACAAGCAGCACAUGCAGAAAGAAUUCUUCCAGUUGAACUCGUCUAAGGCUCGCAGCAAGGCCUACAUUAACUUGCGGGAGGUGACACAGCGCUUCAAGCUGAGCCCUGGGGAAUAUGUCAUUGUGCCCUCUACCUAUGAGCCCCACCAGGAAGGCGAGUUUCUCCUGCGUGUCUUCUCCGAAAAGAAGAACAUCUCUGAGGAAAUAGAGAACAGGAUCAAAGCGGAUCAUCCAGUGCCAGCUCCAGCCUCAGCAGGGGAUGAGACUGAGGAGGACCAGCAGUUCAACGACAUUUUUCAGCAUAUAGCCAGUGAUGAAAAGCAGAUUUCAGCCAACGAGUUGAAAAAUGUCCUGAAUAGGAUGUUGACAGAGCACCGGGACAUAAAUAAAGAAAUCUUCAGUCUAGAGAGUUGCCGUAGCAUGAUCGCCUUUAUGGAUGUAUCCUUUAUGGAUGGAACAGGCAGACUCAAUCUACAAGAAUUUAGACAGUUAUGGAAUAAGAUCAAGCAGUGGCAGGAAAUCUUUAAGCACUAUGAAGCUGAGCAGAUUGGCUUCAUCAGAAGCUAUGAUAUGAGGAAUGCAAUCAAUGAUGCAGGGUUCCAUCUCAACAACCCACUGUACAACAUUAUCACAAUGCGUUACGCCAACGAGAGCCUGAACAUCGACUUUGACAGCUUUGUCAACUGCCUUGUGCGUUUGGAGGGGAUGUUCAGAGCUUUCCAGGCCUUUGAUCAGGGUGGAGAUGGCACUAUUAGGCUGUCUGUACUGGAGUGGCUCCAGUUGACUCUGUAUGCCUAAACACACCCAGGAUCCAGAUGAACCUACUGUACAUGACCAGAACCACCAGCCUUUACCUCAACCACAGCCCUGAUAUAGCACAACUGUUUACACUCCACAUAAAAUAGUUAUAACACCAUUCCACAUGCAUUUUGGAGACUCCAGGACAGGUGAUAUAGCAGUGACGUAGUGGAUAGGCAUCGCAUCAUUCUCUUCAGCAGGUUAAAACAGCUUUUAGACCAGGUUAAAGGAUUUGCAGGACUGACAUCUCCCAGGGUCCUGAGGCUCACCUUUAUCUACUUAGUGGCACCAUUCAUUUCUUCAAGGGGCGCUCAUAAAAUGCAUAUUAUCAUAUGAAAAUAAUUGAAAAUAUUUGCCCAACUUAUGAACAUUUUGAUGCCACCAGAGUGGCACCAAAACUAAAAAUUCUGCCUCAUCCCCCCUGCUCCACUGACCUCGCACCCAGUGACUUCUUCCUCUUCCAUCACUUAAAGAAAUCAUGGCAGAUGUUUGACGAUGACGAGGUAAAUACCAAGGUGAAACUCUUCCUCAAGAGCCGAAAUGAAGGCUUCUUCAAAGAUGGUCUCCACCAGCUAAUCCAUCAUUUGGAGGAUGGUGGAGGACUAAGCUCACAAUCAACAUUUUUUUUUUCAUUACAAAGCAAUUUUAUGACCGCCCCAUGUACAAUAUUGUUUUUAGCUAAACUCUAAUGCUUUAUUUCCUUUCCUUUGCCGCAGUGUUCAAAGUGUCAGGCCACCAUUUGCUUCAGUUCAUACACUCUCAAUUUUAUUCUUUCUUAGGCCCGUCUUAUUUUCUCUUUCACCUACUGUAAAAACCCACAACGGAAACCUCUUGCUUCCUGUCACAAUACAAUACCUCAGAUUUUUCUUUAAAUACCUCUGCUUUUUUUUUACUCUUUUAUCCACUAGCUAUGCUAAUCAAAUCCAUAAACUUGAACUAAAUAACUGCUUUCACACACAUUUUACAACAGCCACAUUUCGGGCUAUUUGUUGUCGGAAUGUUCCUCAGUUUUUGUUUCCACGAGCCUGUUAGUAUGUUUGGUGGAAAAACAUUAAUAGCAAGAGGAAAUUCAUACAGAACCCACUCAA